GCAAUAGUCCAAGUGGAGAGGACGUGGAACACCUCUGCCCCGUAAAAAUCAGUCUUCCGUUUUGGUUUCCGUUCGAAAUUCCAGUUAAAUUCAGUUAGAAUGGGGGUCUUGCAGAACAUCCACAAGACACUGUUUUUGCAGCCCAGACUGGGAACACUGACUGUUAGUGUGCGGAAUCGGAUGUAUGAUGCUAAGAAAAUUGCAGUACGACGUAGGCGAUUGGAGGUCAAGAAGAAUAAGGAACCACCGAACCAAUGUUUCAUGGCGCUCCGUCGCUCCGCUAACCGUUGCAACCAGCCGCGCCUCAAGUCGCUUAUCAACGAAUGCAUAGACGAUCCCUGUGGGGAGAUGGACUUGCCCAUGGAUCUGGAUCACUAUACCCCGAGUGACAAGGCGGCACGCAAGUACCAGAGAACAUGGUGCGAGUGCUAUAUGAUUCCGAAGGCAGCGGUGAAAGCGAAGAAGAAGUACCCGAAUAGGCCACGCCGUAAGUUCGAAUGUCCAACUGUAAGCCAUGUGGAAUGCCGUGACGAGGACAUGAAUCCUCCCGAUUCUGGACGCCCAAAGCCCGAGAAACUAAUAGAAGUCCCACGGAUUGGUCCUUGGCCCUGCUGCAAGAUACCAACUCCAGGAUGUAAGGAAGGCCGACGACCACCCUCAUGCGAUGUGGGACGUAUACCAUCCUGCUGCAAAAAGCGUCGCACCCAGUAUCCCAGCUUUUCCGAGUGCAAGAGGGAACCAAUUGAAUGGCUUCCACCAUGCGAAUGUGAAAAGAAAGUCAGCUUGUGCGAUGUUUUUGCCUAUUUGCGGAAGUUACAGACCUAAAGCAUGUUUUGGAGAAAAUCAUGGAAAUCAAGACGGAAUGAUGACUGCAUCUGGAUCAAGAUGUCCCAAAAAUGAGCACUGAUUUUAUGCUAAAGGUAGCAUGUAUUAACGUUAAGACUGUGUUAAUGGGUUCAUUUCAAAAAUAUUGAUCCUUCAGGCCGACUAUCCUUUUACAUAUUUUGAUAGUUUAAUGCAAAUUUUAAACAGUUGUAAAAUAAAUCAUUAGUGCCCCUUAAAAAUAUGUAAAUUUGUAAACGAUAUUAAAAACUUUCAUUUCACUGCA